AUGACCGGCACGGCGGCCUCGCUGGGCCUGCGGUCCGGGAGCUACGGCUCCCUCGCGGCCGUUGUCGUCGCCGGCGGGAGCGGCGGGAGGAAGGCCGGUACCGCCGCGUGCCGUCCGCUGCGCGGUGAGAAGGAGCGCCUGCAGCUGCUGCACCGCGCGCUGCGGCUGGUCGGCCGACGCAGGGCCGGCGUGCUCCUGCUUCUCGCCGUCGCGUCCGCCGCCGUCUUCUGCUCCCUCUUCGCCGUCGUCAAAGAUGACAGUAAUUCAAUUAGUAUUGUAAAUAAUUACGAAGUCCCAAAUGCCAUACAGAAGUCAGUGUAUCCCAGCACAACACGGCCUCUAAUGAUGUCCGGAAACCAAUACUCCACCAGUGUUGUCAACAAAAUCGAGCUUCCAAAUCGGCUUCAUCUUUCAUAUGCAAACUUCACACUUCCUUGUGAAGGUUUCUCAUUUCCUCCUCCCCUGGUUGAUAAGAAACGCACUGGACCCCGACCAUGCCCUGUUUGCUAUGUUUCUGUGGAUCAGGCAUUUGCCUUGAUGCCCCUACAAGCUUCACCGUCACCUGUCCUAAAGAACUUAAACUAUGUAUCAGAAGAUGCUAUUACUGCAAAUUUAUCAAAUCAGGGGUCUGGAUUUGGAGGGCAUCCAUCCCUGGAGCAGAGAAACGAAUCUUUCAACAUUAAUGAAUCAAUGACUGUCCACUGCGGCUUUGUCAGAGGAAAGAAGCCUGGCCAAGGUACUGGAUUCGAUAUCAAGGAUGAUGAUCUGCUAGAGAUGGAGCAAUGCCGUGAGCUAGUCGUAGCUUCUGCUAUUUUCGGAAAUUAUGAUAUGAUUCAACAUCCAAGGAACAUCAGUGAAUUUUCAAAGGCGAAUGCAUGUUUUUAUAUGUUUGUCGAUGAAGAAACAGAGGCUUAUAUCAAGAAUUCUAGUUCUCUGUACAGUAAUAAUAAAGUUGGACUGUGGAGGCUGGUUGUUGUCCGAAACCUCCCUUACGAAGACCCAAGGCGUACGGGAAAGAUUCCAAAACUUCUGCUCCAUAGGCUUUUUCCAAAUGUGAGGUUUUCAGUUUGGAUAGAUGCAAAACUUGAGCUUGGUGCGGAUCCCUAUCUCCUGCUUGAGAGGUUCCUGUGGAGGAAGAAUACCACUUUUGCAAUCUCUCGGCAUUACAAACGUUUUGAUGUGUUUGAAGAAGCAGAAGCUAACAAAGCUGCUGGAAAGUAUGACAAUGCUUCAAUUGAUUACCAAAUAGAGUUUUACAGAAAUGAGGGCCUAACACAUUAUUCUCCUGCUAAGCUUCCCGUCACAAGUGAUGUCCCUGAAGGCUGUGUGAUCAUCAGAGAACACACCCCCAUCACGAACCUCUUCACGUGCCUGUGGUUCAAUGAAGUUGACCGCUUCACCGCCAGGGACCAAAUAAGUUUCAGCACCGUCCGGGACAAAAUCAGGGCUAGAGUUGGCUGGAUGCCUGAAAUGUUCUUGGACUGUGAAAGGCGCAACUUUGUCGUUCAGGCGUACCACAGGGAGCUACUGGAGCAGAUGAUUGCGUCCGGUAGGAUGUCCCCAUCUGCGGCGGCGGCGACCGACGCACCACCAUCUCGGAAAGUCCGGGCUGGCAGCAGGAAAGCUCCUCCGUCGAAGAAGCCCUCCGUGAAGCGGAAAAAGGAGAAGAAAUCGAGCUCGCGACGGCGUCUCCCGAAACCCGUCGCCGGGGGGUUGGGUGCGAUGUGA